AAAUGGGAAAAGACCUUAGCAAGUUCAUCGUCGCAAUUCCAUUGCCGAAAGAAAAACGCCUCCUGCGGUAUCCAAUGGAACAUUCUUUCAUAUUGAUCAAGUUACCAGGUUGCCAUGGUAGUGGCGUCGUGGUGGUUGUUGGACGCUAUCCAAACAGUAGCGCGCUAGAUUUGCUUCCGUGAACAUCUCUUGAAGCUUACCCAUUGCUUGUCUGCUCCGUUCCUUGCGCUAGGUCCAAGUUAAAAUGCUAAAUUCUCUUUUCAUUAAUCACCAAGACCAAAAGGAAGCUUUGGCUAUCGAGCGUAGGCGAAGGUUUGAAGAAUCACGCAAACAACGCAUCUUCAAUGCUAGGCGACGUCUUAUUGGGGUGGACACCGAUGCGCUCGGGUAUCAGAUCCAGGAAAAACAUGAAGCCGAACAGGCACACGCGGAACAGCAGCGCAAAAUUGCCGAGGAAAUGCGGCGCCAGGAGCAGGUUCUGCUGCUAAAGCAGCACGAACAGCGCCAAGAACGCAUCCGCGAGGAAAACGAACUCAACCGAUUCCGGGCCGCUCACCAAAAGCCGGAACAGUCCCGUGACUUUGAUCUGUUUGAUCCAAAUGGGUUGAAAAAAUCUCUCCCAGCCCGACUCGGCGACGAUGAUCCACGGCUAAGCGUUUCCGGCGCUCAGCUGUUUGACGGUGAAGAUCUAGAGGAACGGCACCGGCGCAAGGUGCAGAUCGAACAGCAACGGUCCUGGCUGGAGCAACAGAUCCGCGAAAAGCGCCAGGCCGAGAUCGAUCGUCGGGCGGCCGAACAGUUUCUGGAAGAUUCGCUAAUGUCACGCGAAAACCGGCUCCAUCAGCUUGCCUCCCAGGAACGGUACGCCCGGAGCAAAAUCCACGAGGCGGUUAACGAAUUUAAUCGACGGCUCAUGAACGAACAGGACCAGCAGCGGAUGCGCCGCGAGCGGGAAGAGCAGGAAGAUAAUUUGGCCGAAAUUUACAACAAUCUUACGAGUGACAUUUUAACCGAAAAUCCAGACGUGGCUAAGAGUAGCUUCGGACCGAACCGGGUCAUUACCGCACAGUACAAAGGCAUGUCCCCGGAGGAGAUUGAGCAGAUCCGGCGUACGCAGGCGAUGCAGCAGGAAGAACUCCGACGCAAGCGCCAGAAUGAGGCGAACACGCGGAAAGCGUGGGACACGCUGGCCAAUGACUUCGAUCGCACGGUCACCGUGAAGGAACGUGAGCUGACCCGUAGACGGCACGCGCUGGCGGAACAGAUUAGGCACGAAAAUCAUCUCCUUUCGUUGGAGCAGCAGCGCAAGCUGGAACAUCUGGAUAAGGUGGUGUACCAGAAUCGGCCGACGCAAGCUUACUUUGAUCAGUUCAAUACUUGCUCUCGAUGAAUCGGGUUCUCUUUUUGGCGUGCGAUUUUAGGCAACGCGUGUGUGAUGAGGGUAGUGUGCACGUGUGAGAACGAAUAAAUUUACUUACCGUGCUUAAUCUUCUCUUUUUUGCAGAUGGAUCAAACUAACAGUGCGUGUUACGAAUGUUAUAAA